CUCUGAAUGAAAGGCAGUCAGAGUGAGAGCUCCCCCUUAGCUUUAGUUCCCAGCUGUCCAGAGUGAAGUGAUGCUGGGAGAAAAAAAAAAGCCGGAGUUAGAUCCAAGUAGGAUCAGUCUUAGGAAAUAGAAGCAAGGAAAACAAGAAGAAGAAGAAGAGAAGACAUCAAAAAACCCUCAACCCCCCCCCCCAAAAAAGAAAACAAAUCAGGACUCUACCAGCUCUGGCUACAGUUUGCUUGGGGUGGACACUAAUUCACAACCUCAGCAGCAGAAAGAUAAAGGACUGGGUUAUUAUGCACAGCUCAGAGAUGAGUUGCUGGGAGCUGCUGGGCUGCAUCAGCAUCUAGAGGCGUAAAAAGCAAGCAGGGGGGAAACAAAAGCAUCGACUCCACCACCACCACCGAGCUGCUGCAAGAGGAUCAGCAGUGGAGAGCUAUGACAACACAGCAAGUCCUGCUGCUGCUGCUGCUCUGGAUGUGGCUGCCACAGCCUUGCCAUGCAGAAAUGCUCUUCAGAAGGACUCCUGAUCUCAGAGCCAAAAGCUUUGGAGGACGUUCCCCAGGGCAUGAGGGGAAGACAAUUCACCGCCAGAAGCGAGGCUGGAUGUGGAACCAGUUUUUCCUUCUGGAGGAGUACACAGGAUCUGAUUAUCAGUAUGUAGGCAAGCUUCAUUCUGACCAGGACAAGGGAGAUGGCUCACUCAAAUACAUCUUGUCAGGAGAUGGUGCUGGCACCUUGUUCAUUAUUGAUGAGAAAACAGGGGACAUCCAUGCCACUAGGAGGAUUGACAGGGAAGAAAAAGCCUUUUACACCCUGCGUGCCCAAGCUAUUAACAGAAGAACUUUGAGACCAGUGGAACCCGAGUCUGAGUUUGUCAUCAAGAUCCAUGACAUCAAUGACAAUGAACCAACCUUCCCAGAGAAGAUUUACACUGCCAGUGUGCCUGAAAUGUCAGUUGUGGGUACUUCUGUGGUGCAAGUUACAGCUACAGAUGCUGAUGACCCCUCCUAUGGAAACAGUGCCAGGAUCAUUUACAGCAUCCUCCAAGGACAGCCCUAUUUCUCCGUGGAACCAGAAACAGGCAUCAUCAGGACUGCCCUGCCCAACAUGAACAGAGAAAACAGGGAGCAGUACCAAGUAGUCAUCCAGGCAAAGGACAUGGGAGGCCAGAUGGGUGGAUUAUCAGGGACCACCACCGUGAACAUCACUUUAACCGACGUCAACGACAAUCCGCCUCGCUUCCCCCAGAGUACCAUCCACCUCCGAGUGCCGGAGUCCUCCCCAGUUGGGACAGCGAUCGGCAGCGUCAAAGCCACAGACGCAGACGCUGGGGAGAACGCAGAGGUGGAGUACAGGAUCGUGGAUGGAGAUGGGACAGAUAUGUUUGACAUCAUGACCCAGAAGGACACCCAGGAGGGCAUCAUCACUGUGAGGAAGCCACUAGACUAUGAGACAAGAAGACUUUACACCUUGAAAGUGGAAGCUGAGAACACCCACGUGGACCCACGCUUCUAUUACCUUGGGCCUUUCAAAGACACAACCAUUGUGAAGAUCUCUGUGGAAGAUGUAGAUGAACCACCAGUCUUCAGCAGGUCCUCUUAUCUCUUUGAGGUGCAUGAGGAUAUCGAGUUGGGGACCAUCAUAGGGACAGUAAUGGCACGGGACCCUGACUCAGCCUCGAGUCCAAUCAGGUUUUCUCUGGAUCGUCACACUGACCUUGACAGGAUAUUUAAUAUCCACUCUGGCAAUGGAUCCAUCUACACCUCAAAGCCACUAGACCGCGAGAUCUCACAGUGGCACAACCUUAGUGUCAUAGCAGCUGAGAUCAACAACCCCAAAGACACAACUCGUGUUCCUGUCUACGUAAGGAUUCUGGAUGUCAAUGACAAUGCUCCCCAGUUUGCUGUCUUCUACGACACUUUUGUCUGUGAAAAUGCCAGAGCUGGACAGCUUAUUCAAACUAUAAGUGCAGUAGACAAAGAUGAUCCUCUGGGUGGACAGAAGUUCUUCUUCAGUUUAGCUGCUGUGAAUCCUAACUUCACUGUGCAGGACAAUGAAGACAACACUGCCAGGAUUUUGACAAGGAGGAAUGGCUUCAGUCGACACGAAAUAAGCACCUACCUUCUACCAGUGGUGAUCUCAGACAACGACUACCCCAUCCAGAGCAGCACUGGCACCUUGACCAUCCGCGUGUGCGCCUGCGACAGCCGCGGCAACAUGCAAACCUGCAGCGCCGAGGCGCUGCUGCUGCCUGCUGGCCUCAGCACAGGGGCAUUGGUGGCCAUUCUCCUCUGCAUCAUUAUCCUGCUGGUUAUCGUGGUGCUGUUUGCUGCUCUGAAGAGGCAACGCAAGAAGGAGCCUUUGAUCCUCUCCAAAGAGGACAUCAGAGACAACAUCGUGAGCUACAACGACGAAGGCGGCGGCGAAGAAGACACCCAAGCCUUUGAUAUCGGCACGCUGCGCAACCCUGCCGCGAUCGAAGACAAGAAGCUCCGGCGAGACAUUCUCCCCGAGGCCUUAUUUGUGCCACGGAGGACUCCUUCAGCCCCUGACAACACAGACGUCCGGGAUUUCAUUCACCAAAGGCUGAAGGAGCACGACUCGGAUCCUUCCGCGCCGCCCUACGACUCGCUGGCCACCUACGCCUACGAGGGAAACGAUUCCAUAGCUGAAUCCUUGAGCUCCUUGGAGUCAGGCACUACCGAAGGAGACCAGAACUAUGAUUACCUCCGAGAGUGGGGGCCUCGGUUUAACAAGCUAGCUGAGAUGUAUGGCGGGGGAGAGAGCGACAAGGACGCUUCUUAACCCACUGGAGACCUCCUUUUCUUCUGUUGGUUUCCUUCGGGUGGAAUUUUCCAGACACUUUCUGCACUCGACAGGAUUUAACAUCCAGGAGAAGUUACUUUUUGUUUCCCUGCCACUCAGCACAGCGAUUUCCUUUUCCAGUUUGAUUUGUCCAUUGCUGUCAGUUCAUUCUUUCUAGUAGAAUGCCACUUGGAAUGACAGACAGCAGUUUGUUUUAAUCACUUUCCAAGAGCCAAAAACAAACAAACUAUGGGAAUUCAGUGUUGUCCAUUCUUUAGAACCAGUCAGGGUUGGAAAGGACCACAAGGAUCAUCUAGUUCCAACCUCUCCUCUCUCUUGCCAUGGGCAGUAAGGAAAAGAGACAAUAUCUUUACCUUCAGAAAUUGGAGCGGGCUGAGAAUCCCUCCAAGCAACCUCAUGUCCGAGCUGCUUCUCUUAGGUUCAUGUCCCAUCCUUGUAAGUGCAGCUUUUGAGGUGGCAAAGAAGAAUACAAUGAAAUAAAGUGAGAUCAAAUGAAAAUAAAAGGAGAUCAAAUGAAAAUAAAAGGACAUAAAAUGAAAAUAAAAGGAGAUCAAAUGAAAAUAAAAGGAGAUAAAAUGAAAAUAAGAGGAGAUCAAAUGAAAAUAAAAGGAGAUCAAAUGAAAAGGAGAUCAAAUGAAAAUAAAAGGAGAUCAAAUGAAAAUAAAAGGACAUAAAAUGAAAACAUUAAAGUAAAACAUUAAAAAUGAAUAAGACAAGAUAAAAUAAAAUAACAGUGCAAUGAAAUAAAGUGAAAUGAAAUAACACAAAACAAAACAAAGCAAAGCAAAAUGAAACAAAAUGAAACAGAAAUGAAACGAAACAAAACAAAAGUUAAACGAAAUGAAACAAAACAAAACAAAAUGAAACCAAACCAAACUAAAAUCAAAUCGAAACAAAACAAAAUCAAAACAGAAGAAAACAAAAUCAAAUCAAACCAAAACCAAAACAAAGCAAAAAUGAAACAAAAAUAAACCAAACCAAACCGAAACAAAAUCAAGACAAAACAAAAUCGAGGCAAAACAAAAUAGAGGCAAAACAAAAUCGAGGCAAAGCAAAAUGAAACCAAAACAAAACAAAAGAAAGUCAACACAAAAAUAAAAGCAAAACAAAAACAAAGUAAAACAAAAUGAAAUGAAAUGAAGCAAAAUCGAAACAAACCAAAAUCAAAUUAAAGCAAAACAAAUUCAAAGCAAAACAAAAUCAAAGCAAAGCAAAACAAAAUGAAGCAAAACUAAACCAAAAUAGAACAAAAUCAAUACAAAGCAAAACAAAACAGAAACAAAGCAAAGCAAAACAUAA